UGAGUGACAGCUGAAAGAACAGUGACUCUGAAGGAUAGGGGUGGGAAGUACUACAGACCAAUUCAAAUGAAAGGGAACUGACGAAGUAUGCAGUUUAGUGUAUCGCUUGCUAUAGUAAUUGCAAGAUCUUUUACUUUGACAGCAAUAUUGAACUCUUGAGGAGUGUGAAGGAAUUAGGUGUUUUGCAGAAAGAUAACACGAAUGUUUGGCUGACUACUGUUGCUGACGAGACUAAUUUUCUAUGAAUGGCUGAGAAUAUAACUUACAACAGACUGAAUGGCAGUAGUCCGGGCAGUGGAGUUCCAGAAGUGGAGGAAGGUAAACAUCAACUUCUGUCAGUGAAUGAGACCAAGUCCUUACAAAGCAGAAGGAAAGAUGUGAACUUGGCAAAAGACACUGCAUCUAAUGAAGAAGUGAACCUUGCUGUUCCGUCGCAGAACAAUCCACUGAAAAGUGUUCCUUCCAUGGCCAUGUUCAGGGUCCCUGUCGGAAAAUCAAAUUAUGUGGAAAGGAAGCCACUUAGUUGCAAACCCGGUCCCAAAGAAAACCCAUUAGCUCAAGUUAAGAAGACAUUGUCUGAAAUGGAAGCUCAGUUGGAAGGACAUCUACCUGUCUCCACAAGCUCGAGAGUACCACUGACAGCAUCUGACAUUGGUUAUAGAGUAGUAGAAGAAUCCACAGACUAUAUGGAUCACAGUGCUGCAGUUGAAUCUUCUUGGAACUUUAGAACUCAGAAUGCAGUUAGUUCUUUGCCAGCAUUAUCUACCUGGAAAUGUAUGAAUGACCAACCAAGGAGCAGGUCUAGUUCCCUGGCAGCAAUGUCUAAAAAAUGGCCUCAUUCUGACCUGUCUGCAGGAGACUGCAGUAUUGCAGAACACAUUAGGUCAAAAUCACUCUCUGGUUCUAUAUAUUCACAUCCAGUAGCUCCACCAAUCUACAGUUUUCAUUUACCUAAAAGCAGUACAUUCAAAGUUUCCAAAAAGCAGAAUAUUUUGAGUCAAAAGAGACCAGAAGAUACUGUUGAUAAUCUAGAAAUUAAUAACCAAGCCAUGUCCACCUACCAGUCAGAUUAUUGGGCAUGUGCACUUCCUGCUCAUGCACCGCCAUUUCAAGAUCGUCAGUCACCACACUGGAACCCUCAUAAGGAAUAUGAGGAUUUGCUUGAUUACACUUAUCCUUUAAAACCUAAUUAUUUAUGCUCUAGGGAAGCUGUUAAAGAAGACUUAAUCUGUGACACUUUAGUACAUGACUCUGGUGUAGACCUUGACAGUUAUUCCAUUUCUCCAGAUAGCACUGUAAGAUCUACUGUUGCUUCAUUUAUUGAUCCUUGCAAUGUAAGCAGGAACUACAGCUGCUAUCGUGAAGCUAAGAGCUCCUCUGUGGAUUUGCAUUUUCCUCCGAGAGCUUCAAGUCCAGUUGGCAUUGGGUAUGCCUUUAGGAAAUCAUCAUCUACUUUUGAACUUCCUGAUUCAUUUGAAGAACUUUCUAGAAUAUGUGAAAUGAAACCUUCAACAUACUUUGUAAGCAGUUCCCCAGAAUUUUACUCGCAUAGUUCUGUAGACAGGAGAAUAAAAAGAAAAAGUAGUGGUGUUUCAAGUUUGAAAGGUAGGCGGCUGGCUUCUGGAUAUAUACCUACUACUUGGCUUCUUCCUUUACACAAGGAGUGGGAAAUUGAUGAAGAUUACUUGGCACUUCCAUGCAGUGUACAGGAGUUGAAUACUUUGGCAAACCAGCUGCAAAACUUGUCAGUAGAACAUAAACCACUAUGCAACUGCAGGAAAGGCCUUGAUCUUGACAACUCUUUGGACAGUGGUUCUGAGGAUUCCUCAUCAACCCUGCAGUUGGAAGGACACAAACAGCAGAAAAAUGAAAGUAAAAAUGAAAAUGAGGAUCUCUCUGACAGUGAUACAGACUAUAGUUUCCAUAGUGACCAAGAAGACUGCAGCAUAGACAUAGCAAAAGGCCAAGGCGAUGGCAAUUUUUUUGGCAGCAUAAAUAAAAUUUCAUCUUUAAUGGACCGGUUAUGUGAGACAACAACGGCAUUGCACACUUCGGAUGAAGGAGACCUGGGAAAGGAAGAGUCACUUGUGCAUCAUAUACAGAAAUUUUGCAGUAAAAUGGAGGAGCUGAUUCAGUGGCUCUAUAAGGUCUCUGAGACAACUGAGAACUGGGUUCCACCACAGCCAGAUGCUGAAAGUAUCAAGUCUUCCCUGGAUCGCUAUAUGGCAUUCAGAAGAGAUAUAGCUGAACAUCAGACUUUGGCUGAUACUACACUGAGUAUAGGAGAACACCUCAUGGCAUGCAUGACAUCUAUUUCACCAGGUCUGAAACAUGCACUUGGGUUGAUUGAGAAACAAGCAGUGGCACUUGACAGACAUGCAGAAGGUUUUUAUACCUCUAUUCUUUCAGCAAUGGACAGCAUGAAGGAAGAUUUAUCAAGUAAAUGUGAAGCACAAGACAUGGAAGCAGCUCAGAUGGUGUGCGUUGUAUGAAACUGGAUGGCCGAAAUACAAGUGAACUCCAUAAAGACAGUUUGGUUCUAAUAUUGCAGGGUUGUGUCACUGUAAUUUAAUUUUAUUACAAAUACCACACAGAGGUUGCUAGUAAGGAAAUCACUCCAGACUAUUUUAUGAGAAGAAGAAUUACAUUUUAUUGGCUUUGAGGGAAUCCUUUUUGUGUGUGUGUGUGUGGGGGGGGGUGGGGGGGGUAGACUUUGCCUCGGCCUGAAUGUUCAAUUUUCAGUGAAUGUUUAUCCUUCAGUGAAAUGUCCAGUAUGCAAAAGCUGGCUUUUAGUAUCGGUCGCUCUGUUACUGAUCCUGACAGUGUGCUUUUCAACUCCAGAUGUUCUGUUAAACUACUUUUUCACGGACAUGGUGAUCAAAUGAAAACAGGCUAGCUCCCUGGUACUGAGGUAGUGCAUCUUUCAGUGGCCAGGCAUUAGAAGCAGUCCCUAGUUGUCAGAGGGCUGCUCUUUACACAUAAAAUCAAGUGCCUCGUGAACAUUACUUCUGUGCAAGGGGAAUGUGAUGUGGUUGUGGAGUGUUUGGUGGUGAGAGGGGAUUACUACACCUUUCCACACCAUUCAGGUGUGGGUGGGGACUGAUAAAAAUAGUAACCACAUAGAGCAUUGGUGCACCUCAACACAAUAGUAAUGUAGGGACCCCUCUGUCAUCUUCAGUAGAGGUGGUCCAUGGAGUCUUCACUAUGCGGUAGACAGCUGAGAGCAGUAAACAGAUAAAACAAAAAGGAAAUAAAAUCAAUAUGAGAAACAUCCACUUGAGUCAUUCGAUUUUCACAUUGUGCCAGUUGUAAUACAAGUUUAAAGCAUCUGGUAAAAUUAAAGCCAUCAGUUAUCUAGUAAGGAUGAUAUUAAUUACUGCUUUUUACUUGUGUUGAGAUGUAUAGAAAGCAAAGUUGUAGACUUCAUCAAGGGUAAACUUCCUUGCCUUUACUUGUUUUGUUUUACUGCUUGAUGCUGUGGAAGAAAUUGGAGAUGACAGCAUGGUUUGGUAGAACAGAGACACUUGCUUCUCUUGUACUUCAUUUUAUAAAUUCUUUCCUACCUUUCCGAAAUUGAUUUAGAGUAGUUGGCUUAGGUGUUAAGACAUUGUUUAUUUGCUGUGGUGUUAAGAAAUUAAGAGGUUCAGUCAGAUCAAUAAGAACUGCAGGUGAAACAUUUCUGACAUACUUUUUUGAAUUUUUAUUUCCUAAGUGGCACUGAGAGAUAUCUCAUUAUCUGCUGAGUGUGUCAAGUCUGCUGUUGUUUUUUAUCAGUGUGUAGUAUAUCAGGUUUAAGCUUGUUAUACAGUUAAUGGCCAAUAUUUCUUCAGCUCUUCAGAACUGGUAACUUCUUAGUGGUUCAUGAAUUAUGUGUAGCACAUAACAGAGAACCACAGAACUAGCAUAAAGUCUGUGUGUAUAUGUGGACACAGUUUGUACAACAGUUAAUUUUGCUGCUUCACAUAGCUUGGUUUUCCAGUUUGGCUCUUAGCUAGAGUGCCUUAUAUGUAGAGCCUACACAUUAUUGUGAUUUUGUCAGAGGCUCCUUUUUCCUCCCACAUCCAAGGACAUCCCGUAGAUGAGGUGUCUUCCUUUAGGGCCUUGCAUGUGUAUAUCCUGAGACUAGUUGCCACCCAGUUUAAGUUUCUCUGCCUUCUGCUCAGUUGAGUACUAGGAUAGGCUGUGGCUCCCCCAUAGCCAUGAAUUGGAUUAAGCAGGUAAUUGAAAAAUAAAAGAAUAAAUGAACUCUCUCUCU